ACAACGUGCUAUCUUAUGGCCAGACUCUUAUUAGAGGGGUCUCUAUCUCUAGUAAAAGUUUCCAGGUUGCGCGUUGCAUUAUCUGCAAAGAUCGAGAUAUUUUUUAUUGUGAUUGAUCUUGUAUACGGUUAAUUACGAUUGAUUUGCCUUUCACAAUGCCUGAAACGGACAUUGAAGACGAUCCGUACGCACACGUUGCGAAGGGCGCCCUGAAAUUAAAGAAUGAGCAGACAGUGAGCAAAAAGAAAAAGGACAAAAAGGGAAAGAAGAAGAAGUUGGUAGAAGUAUCGAAGAUUAUCGAAGAAGAGAAGCCUCAAAAGGUGGAGGUAAAGCGGACAAAGGCGGAAUUGGCUUUUCAGAAAAUGCAAGAGAAAAUGCAAACCGAAAGAAUCAAGCAAAAGGCUUCGAAGACUCAUAAACAACGGGUGGAGGAAUUUAAUCGACACCUGGACAGCUUAACUGAACACUUCGACAUACCUAAAGUCAGUUGGACGAAAUAAACUGAGACAUUUGUUAACAAAUUUAUUUAUAUAUGUAUAUAUAUAUUAUAAUAUAAACAAUUAGUCUUACAAGAAGAAUGCAAGAAAUGCUAAAUCUAGUUUAUCGCUUGCGGCGUUCGAGUUUGAAUCUCGCUCGGCCAAUUUUAUUUUAUUUUAUUGUCUGCAAUAUUAUAUUAAACGUGCACGAUACUAUUUACAUGUAAAAUAAAAAGUUAGGUAUAAAAUUAAUAAUAAGAAUUCCUUAUUAUUUACUUAACCUUUGUUACAACAAUUAUUUAUUAUAAAAUUCAGACAUUGCUGUACAAUACAUAAUUUUAAUAUUUCAUCAAUCUCGACCUUUGAAAUUCUAUAAUUGUUUAUAAAAUUAGUCAUCCACCUUGGCGAUGUUACAAAACGAAAAGCACAUUCUUCAUCUUCAUUACGAUAUUGCAAUGUAAUAACCGUACCAUGACUAUGUGUUUUUUAAACACGGAAAAUUUAUUGCAAAAAAUAUUACCACUGAGGCUAAGUGGUCGAAUUGGUGAGACGCCCGCCU